UCUACUCCUUUCCAUCCUUCCAUCGACCCCUCUGGUCACUGUUUAUGUAGCCGCUUUCUACGCUAAAGUUAUUGGUUCCGCCAUCAGUGAGCAACUCUACGAGGUUUUGGAUAGAGGCAAAAAAAUUGAACUUCUGGUGGAUAAGACUGUGAAUUUUCGUCAGCAGGAUGCAUGCGGCAUCAAUUGGAAGAGUAUUACUGUCGAGACAAAAGAUAGAUAUUGGAGGGAAUUUAAGAAAAAAUGCAAGUGGGAUGCCAAAUCAGAGGCAAUGAUAAAACGAGCAUGGUAUAGGCAGGCAGCAAAUAGGUCUUCUGAUUUUGUUUCUCAAUUAAAGAAGAAAGGGAGAAAAUCAUAUAUCAAAGAUGAAGUUUGGGAUAAAUGGACUGAAUACUGGAAGACGCCUGAGGCCAUUAAGAAAUUAGAGAUCUUUUCUAAGAAUCGACGGUUUGAGAGAGGUGGAGAAGAAUCUGGUUUAUCUCUCCACACCGGAGGCUCCAUCUCAGCAUUAGACACCAACAACACAUCGCUAAUGAGACUGGUGUGGACCCUAUAUUGGGGGAGUUGUUUGUGCAUCUUCACACUAAAAAAUGGGAUGGCAAUAAUUGGGUUGAUAGACGCUCUAAAGGAAUGUUUGAAACAUUACAAAAGAGGAUUGAAGAGAGUGCCUCUACUCAUACAGAAGGAUCAGUGCAACAUGUCGUUGAUGAGACACAGAUUUUCCUUGAAGUUGCAACAGAUUCAAAUAAGAGGCAUAUUUAUGGGAUAGGUUCACAGGCAUCGAGAUACUACUUUGGCAUGUGAAGAAGAUCUGGGAUGUCAGCUACAUCUACAUUUGAGACUGGUGAGUCAUCGCAAACUCAGGCGGACCGAAUAGCCUCUUUGGAGAAAGAGCUGAAAGAGCAAAAGAAAAAUAUGGAGUGAGAAUUUAAAGAGCAAAAGGAGAUGAUUUCUCAGCUUAGUCGUCAUUUGCGAAUGCAUCCAGUUUAUACCACCACAACAUCGUAUUCUCAUUUUACUAGUAUAGAUCCACCUAAUGCUGUCAACCAAUUUGUAAUACCCACCAGUCGUUCUCGUCUUACUAAUGGUGGUGGACUUAGGAUUACAGAAGAUAGAGCAGCUCAGGAGGAGGAUCAGGAUGAUGUCAGUUUGGAUGAUGACUUGUCUUAGCUUUUAUAUGCUUUAUGUUGUGCUUAUUUCAUGCUUUGAUUACUGUUUGAACUUAGAGUAUGGAACAGUCUCACAACUAUAUAGAUGUUGACAUAUUGUGAUACCAUUAUGGAUGCUAUUAUAUAAAUAUUUUUGCAAUUUAAAAUUUGAGAUUUGGAAUGGUUUUACUAUUA